AACAGUUUUUUUAUAAAUAAAAAUAUAAAACCCUAAAUAAAUAAAUUAAAUAUAUAUAAAAAAUUGGAAAAACGGAGAUUCGGUUUCUUACCCCGCAGGAAUUGAAGUGAAGAGCAGAACAACCAGCGAGAAUGUCGGCAGCGCUUCCACCACCAGCUUCAUCUCCCAAACUGACAACAAGUUCAUUCCCAUCCCCACGCUCACUUCACCAAGCGCCAUCAAAGCUCCAAUUCUCCAACAUUCCACGCGCCACUCCCGAUUCCGACUCCUCGACCGAACCGGAAUUAUCUCCCUCCUCCGACUCCUCCACCUCACCCGACUCCGACCCAUUCGAAUCCCGCCUCUCCCAAGUCCGCCUCCGUUACCGAAGCGGAACAGGCAAAAAAGCGGAGCGCCGGAAAUCGAAGAAAACCGGGUCCGUAUCCGGAUCCACUUCCUCUUCCUCCUCCUCCAUCUACCUCCCUCCGGUGCCUUUAAAAGAAACGAUUUCAAAUGGGGUGAAAGUGGAUUUUGGGUUUAGCCCAUAUAGCGAGAGAAUAAACGGACGGAUCGCGAUUCUCGGGUUGACCGCUUUGGUUUUGGUGGAAUUGGCUACGGGUAAGAGUGUGAUAAGUUAUCAUACGCCGGCAAUCAUCUUGAUUCAGAUUUAUUUCGUAGCGGCGGUUGGGGCAUUGUUUGUUAAAUAUGAGAAGGAAAAAGUUAGUGUUUGGCCUCCUUCUCAAUCUUCUUCACCCAAAAAUUGAAAAAAUCUUUGAAAUAUUUGGGUAUAAUUUACUUUUUCUUUGUAAUGU